GCAGACGGAAGUGUUGUGUGUUGUUGCCGGAAGUGGCGAGGGAAAGUUUGUGAUGGCGGCUACAGUUUUAGCCGAAAAGGUGCCGGUGGACAGCGCGGAGGAGGGGGAGCAGCCCCUGGCGACGGCGGCGGAGCUGGCCGCGCAGAAGCGCGAACAGAGGCUUCGCAAAUUCCGGGAGCUGCACCUGAAGCGGAAUGAGGCUCGCAAAUUGAAUCACCAAGAAGUUGUUGAAGAAGAUAAAAGACUCAAGUUACCUGCUAACUGGGAAGCCAGAAAGGCCCGUCUGGAAUGGGAACUGCAGGAAGAAGAAAAGAAGAAGGAAUGUGCCGCAAGAGGGGAAGACUAUGAGAAAGUGAAGCUGCUGGAGAUCAGUGCGGAAGACGCGGAAAGAUGGGAGAGGAAAAAGAAGAGGAAAAACCCUGACCUGGGAUUCUCAGAUUAUGCUGCUGCCCAGUUACGUCAAUAUCAUCGGCUGACCAAACAGAUCAAACCUGACAUGGAAUCGUAUGAGAGACUGAGAGAAAAACAUGGAGAAGAGUUUUUCCCAACAUCCAACAGUCUUCUUCACGGAACACACGUGCCUUCCACAGAGGAGGUUGAUAGGAUGGUCACAGAUCUGGAAAAGCAAAUCGAAAAACGAGACAAAUACAGCCGGAGACGUCCUUAUAAUGAUGAUGCAGACAUCGACUACAUUAAUGAAAGGAAUGCUAAAUUCAACAAGAAAGCAGAAAGAUUCUAUGGGAAAUAUACGGCUGAAAUUAAACAGAAUUUGGAAAGAGGAACAGCGGUCUAAUCCCUUCAGGAACUGUUAGGAACUUUUUAAAAGUUUGACAAUGCUGGCAAAUUGAAGUUCUCUUCAAAGUUUUAUCAGGAAACCAGCAGUCAUUCUACGAUGCCUUCCUCAUCAGCAUUUGGAAAUAAAUGUUUUUCUUAAACA